AUGGCCGAGCCUGCGCAGAAGAAGGCCCGCACCAGCCGCACUUUCCUCUUCUCUUCCGAGUCUGUCAACGAGGGCCAUCCUGACAAGAUCUGCGACCAGGUGUCCGAUGCAGUGCUGGAUGCAUGCCUCAAGGUGGACCCCAAGAGCAAGGUGGCUUGCGAGACUGCAACCAAGGACAACAUGGUCAUGGUGGCAGGUGAGAUCACCACUGAGGCCAAGUUGGACUAUGACAAGGUUGUGCGAGGAGUCGUGGCACAGAUCGGUUUUGACAGCUUUGUGGAUGACCUGUCCAGCGUGGACAGCAAGGGAUUGAGCCACAAGAGCUGCGAAGUGCUGGUGCGCAUCAACAAGCAGAGCCCUGACAUUGCCGGUGGCGUCCAUGUGAACAAGGAGGACUUGGACGUGGGUGCCGGUGACCAGGGCAUCAUGCUUGGAUAUGCCAGUGAUGAGACAUCUGACUGCAUGCCUUUGACCCACUCCAUGGCCACGCGUUGGGGCAAGACCCUGACUGAUGUUCGCAAGAGCGGUGAGUGCUGGUGGUUGCGCCCAGAUGGCAAGACCCAGGUGACCAUUGAGUACCUGCAGCACCCUGAUGGCUCCGUUGAGCCAAAGAAGAUCCACACCGUGGUGAUUUCCACUCAGCACGCUGAGCCUCUGAAGGCUGUGCGCAGCAAGGAGUGCGAGGGCUACAAGGGAGCUGAGAUGACUGCCCCAAGCAUGGAGCAGAUGAAAAAGGAGAUUGAGGAGAAGGUGAUCAAGCGCACUCUUGAGCAGAUCAAGCUGAAGAAUGGCCAGCCUGCCAUCAGCCUGAUUGAGUUCGACUGCCGUCCUGGUGCCAUCGCGCAGUCCUUGGCAUUGCGCGAGCCAAAGUACCAGGAGACCGCAGCAUACUGCCACUUCGGCCGUGAGCCAGUCACCAGGUUUGUGGCCUUGGCUCCGUUUCACUUUCUAUCCAUUUCUUUCACUGAGAUUCUGUAUUCGCCAGGUGACCUCGGUGCAGAGAUCACCCGGCAGCAGGCAAGGUUCUUGCUGUUUGGAGUGUUGAAAGCACAUGCCAAGGAGUUGGAGAGCCCUUUCAGCUCUGAAGCUUCGACUUGUGAAGCGAAGGCGGAUAUUGGGCCUGAGGGUGCAGAGGACGAGCUGCGCCGUUUGAGAGAGUGGCUUUUGGGGGAGCAUUGUGAGUACAGUGUGGAGGAGCUCACAGAGUGGGCUCAGAGGGAGAACCUGGGCACCAAGUUUGUGUCUGCCAUUCCGGAGGUUGUGCAGAAUGGCGGCUUGCGGAAAGUGACGGACAAGUUCCUGUUUGAAGACCUGAAAAUUCGAUUGACGCCGAUGCGCCGGAACAUCCUGGAAGCCAUCAGGCGCAAACUUGCAGGAAAUAAGCAGGUCCGUUUCGGCGAGGUGGAGAAGCUUGAGCCGAUCCUGCACAACAGACCCAAAUUCACCAAGUGCCCCUGGGUCGAUCUGGCCGAAAUAGAAGAAGGUCACGACAAAGAGACCUUGCAGGCGGCCAUGACGACCUGGCGCUUUUGCGCCACGGGAGUGGAUGGCUUGGAAGAAACCUCUCUGAUGCGAGAGGUUUUUGAAGCAAACCCAAGCCGAAGGACCCGGGACCUGGGAAGUGGGGUGAUCAGAGCUGUUCAGUCAGGCUUUCUUUGUUUCGAUGCCCUGUUGCUGCAGGGAGAAGCCUCUGCAGUGAAGUGCUUCGAGGUGGGGUGGCUUCUGACUGUUCUUGAGAAGGAAAGACAGAGGAGGUUUUCCCCACGUGAUCUCACCAUUUACACCUGCCAUGUGCAGUCUGGUGUCUUCUUCCAGCUGGCGAAAUUCCAAAUGGCUGAAGACCAAGUUGAAGUGCACCGGCAACGCCUUGAUCUCUUCAAACCACACGGCCGACGUCACUUGCCUCGCCCUCACGACAAUGUGCGGCAAAUGAAGUCGGUCAUGCUAGUGGUGGGCCCAAAGACCAUGGCGGUGUCUAUGGCGGAGGCUGCAGCCCGACGGGCCAAGCAUUUGGAGUCGGAACACCUUCCGCGCAAUGCAAACUUCUGGAUUUACUCAGAGUGCGGGGGCUACAAGGGAGCUGAGAUGUCUGCCCCAAGCAUGGAGCAGAUGAAAAAGGAGAUUGAGGAGAAGGUGAUCAAGCGCACUCUUGAGCAGAUCAAGCUGAAGAAUGGCCAGCCUGCCAUCAGCCU